AUGGACAAGGUGAAAGAAAUUCGUAAUAAUUUUCCUGAUACCACAGAGGUAUCAUUGGAAAGUUGUGGAUUGAGCUCUCUAGAUGAUGUUUUAAAUGUCUUGGGAGAGUUGGUAAAUUUGAGGGUAUUGAGACUAAGCAACAAUAGGCUAACCAAACUCCCGACAGACAUGAGCAGACUAAGCAAAGUGGAAUACCUUGAUUUAACUGGCAAUCAUUUUGAUAGCAUUGAUGAUAUUUUGCCUGGUCUUUGCUCCCUACCCAUGCUUAAACAUUUGGACAUUACCAUGGCUGAGGCAGAUGAAGACGAACUUAUUAUAAAUCUGGCAAAUCUUCUUACGUUCAACGGUACUCCUCUGACAGAUAUUCCUGAUCAGAAAUAUGAGUACAAUGAGGAGAGUGUAUCCCCAAUUAAAGCUACUGAUGAAAAGGACUCGGUACAAAAUCCAAUGUUUAUUGAGGUGAAUGACUCAGAUUUUGACAGCUCACGAAAAUUGUUUGAGGCAACUCAGCUUUAUCUAGGUCUUCGAGAAAGCUUUGUUCAUCAUACAGCUGAUGUAGUAUCUGAGCUCAAGCAAAGGACAAAAACUGAAACCGAUCCUAUAAGAUACCACAAUGAAGUAACAAACGCCAAUAGAAUUAUUUUCGACAGAUGCUUUGAAUCCAUCAUCGCUCAAGUUUCCAGGAACGACAAAAAGCUUGCUUCUAUUAUGAUGAUUCUGAAGAAUUCAUACAGUGGAUUGCUAGAAGACUCAUACAACUUUAUGGAUCAGUCCAUUCAAGAGUUCGGAAAAAGAGUCAGAUCAAUGCAAAAAGAUUUGGAUGGUGCAGAUCAAGAGAUUGGCCAACUUCUAGAAGCUGCAGAAGCUUUGCAACAAACAGCGUCCGACAGCGAAAGUGCAAAGAGAAAGAUUUUAGUUGGUUGGGAGAAAGAAAGAGAGCAGUUGGGAGAGGAAAUUGGAUUCCUUAAGAACGAGCUUGAAAAAUACAAGAAUAGAUUGACGCAAUUCCAGCUCAACAAACAAAAGAUUGCAACUCAAAUAACCACAUCACCUUCAAAGAUUCUCAAAAGCGUUUCACCAUCUAACAAUUCAUUCAAGAUUUCGCAAUUGACAAUCAACACAAACACAAAAUCGCUAACACUUCGUCAACUAAAGGACACAAUUGAGGAGAUUUAUGCUUCCAAACAAAAGUUUGACGAAAAGUGUUCAGAAAACAAGUUGCCACGAGAAACAAUGGAGCAGUAUUUGUAUACUUUCCUUAACCAAAAAUAUGGGCUUAAAAACUUAAUUUUGGAGUAUGCAUCUUCAAUAAUUCAAGGAGUGAAAAGAUACAGCCAUGAGGACAAUGAUGUAGCUGUAUUUGGAAAGAUUAUCAGAAAUGAGAUAGAUGAAGAAUUCAGAUUUGUUCAGAAGCAGCUCAAAGAAACGGUAUCUGAACUGCUAAAAGUAUUCCUUAGAGGAAAGUACGCUAAAAAGCUUGAUUCAGAAAUUUCAGCUAUGCAUCAACAAAGAAUGAAUGGAGAGUUAAAUGAAGAGGAAUGGGUAGACAUUGUAAAGUAUAUGUACAACAAAGAGGACUCACUGAACAUAAUAAUGAAGGUAACUGAAGCAGUUCAAGCUAUUCAAACAAAGCUGAACAGAGGUAACAGUAGAAUAUCAUCUCCAUCAAAAUCAAUUGGUGUUUCCAACAAGAUUCCAUUCAAGAUCUUUAUGAAGGUAUUGCUAACCUAUCAGCUCAGAGGCCAUGAACAAUUUUUGUACAAGUUUGUUAAGCUUUUUAGACAAGUUGAUUCUGACAAGAAUGGAGUAUUGAGCGAGAGUGAGUUCAAACAACUCUUAGCAACCAUCAAUCCGAAUAGAACCGAAACAGAGUACAACCAGUGGCUCAACUACGUGGAUCCAUGGAACAAUCAGCAAAUUACAUUCUCUGAAUGUGUCACAUUCUUGUCAGCUGAGUUGUUGAAAUUGGUAAAUGAAAAGACCUCCCAAGGCACAAACGAAUCUGAUGCAAUAGAAGAACAGGAAGAGUACGACUUUGAAUCCAAUGCAAAUGAAGAAAUGUAA